AUGAAAAGAUGGAAAGAAAAAAAUGAGAGUUGUCGGGAAAAUAAUGAGCACCCAGUCGCCGCACGUCAAACUGAGGAGUCCGGUGGCCGGAAUAGACUCGGCAGUGCACAUUAUCUUCCCGACAGACCGUUAAGCGCGGCGGUAACCCAAUAUCGAUCUGUCGGGAAAAUAAUGUGGGCCUUGGACUCGCCCAUCAUCGCUUUGCAACGGCAAGCCGCGGCUGGGGAUUUGGUGCCUACGACUAGAAAUUUUGCUGCGAAAAAUCCACUUUAUUUUCCCGACAGACUGAUCUGGCAAGGCAACGGUUUGGCCAAUGGUCAACCGUCAAAGCGUGUGGACAAUUGGAAUCUAUCGUGUGUAUUGGCCGUCUUGUGUAUUGUCGUAUUUGGAGAAUAUAGAGGUCAUAAGAGGUAUAUAGUUGUUGGAGUUUUGGGAGCGCUUGUCCAGGACAGCGUAUUAGGAUAUCCGAUGUCUGAUCGUGUUGACGGGGGACCGAGGACCUGUUAUUAA